GCGAUGAUAUGCAACUCUGCAGUCCACACCCUAAGCCCAAGAAACAAACAUUUAAAGUCUGUGAAAUAUUGCCAAUUCUUUGUACAAAGCAUGCAAAAAUCGCCACAUUUUGCACGCGAGGAAUACCAGCAGCACCUACCCAAUCCACACAACACCGUCAACAUGAAGCGCCGCACCCUAGCAGGCAGCUGUGGCGUUGGCGUCUUCAUCUUUGCUUUCGCCUUCAUAGCAAUAGCGUUUGCAACGCCCAGUUGGCUGGUUAGCGAUUAUCGCAUUACGGGUGCCAAGUUGGAGAGAUUGGGUCUAUGGGUGCACUGUUUUCGUUCGCUGCCCGAUGUGAACGAUGAUAGCCAGCGCCGCUUCUUUGUCGGCUGCCGUUGGGUGUAUGACCCAUUUACGAAGGGCUACGAUGAGAUACGCGGAUUCCUGCUGCCUGCCUUCAUGAUAACCACCCAGUUUUUCUACACGCUCACGUUUAUUGGCAUGCUGGUCAGUGCCAUUGGCGUUCUGGUGUUUUUCCUCUGCGCUGGACCAGAUCAAAAGCACUUCAUCAAUCUAAUUCGUGGUAUCGGCUAUGUGCUAUUGGGUGCUGGUGUCAGUGCGGCCAUUGCAGUGAUUGUUUUUGCGGUGUUUGGCAAUCGGAAUGGUUGGAUGCCGGAGCAUGCGAACAACUGGUUCGGAUGGUCUUUUGUGCUGGCGUGUGUGGGCACGGUCAUGACACUGGUGGCCGCCACGCUUUUCCUUACCGAGGCACAUGUGCAGCAACGGAAACGUGUACAGUUCAAGGAGUCGCAGACGCGUUUUGAGCUUGUGCGUGGCUAACGCUGACAGCGUUAGUCCCUUGACAAGGUGACAAUAAAGUCGCAGCAUACACCACAACCAUAAAUACAACAACAAAAACAACACAAAAACAUUCCGUCCCCACGACAUUCUACAAAGAAUUCUCACCAUAUAAUUAAAUGUAGUUUUAGAUGCAAAAAACCAGCCGCUAGUUGAAUGUUUAUGCAAUUGUCAGACAACAUUUCCGCACCAACCAUGACACAUUACAUCCAAAGAGACUUUCAGUUGGUACUUAUGAAUCAUCCAAUCUACAGUUCAUUAACACGUCCGCAACAACAGACAGAGAUAGGCUGGCGCAUGUUCUACGGAAGACUGACUGUAACUGCAAUGCUUCAUCUCAAUUUCUGCAGCAACAACAACAACAACAACAGCAACCACAACGCCAACUAAACAUCAAUGAGGCUCAUUCCACUAGAAGCUCAAAUGAACCAUUAUCGCGUGUAUAUCAAUAUUUGCAUACCAAAUUGCGCUCAAUUAACGCACAACGUCACCUACCCCUCGGUCCCCUUCCGUAUUAUCAAUUAGUUUUGUUUUUGUCGUCGCAUGCGCUUAGAACUAACAACAAGUAAAACACUCGUGCCUUAAUUAGACAGCAUUGCUAUAGUUGAAAGUGCCUUUAUAUAAAAUAAUCAAAAUAUUUGUAGUUUCUCAUACCUGAAAAAUCGCGAUGCGACGACUAACGAUUGGAUUGCAUAAACUUCUAAUAAUCUAGUGCUUUAGUUAAGAUUUCAGUACCCAAAAAAAAAAAAAGUUGAGAAUAAUAGUUAAGCAAUACGAAACGUAAACGUCCAAUACUUUUAAGACCCUCCAUUUUUUAUUCGAAUAUUUACAAACGUUAACCAGUUAAAUAAUAACUGUCUAUUAGUGCUUGUCUAACUUGUAACUCUGUCUUACAAAUUGUGUACCAUAUGCAAAAGUA